GCUCCAGUCUCUCGAGCUCUCCUAGCAGGGCCCCUCCCAGACCAACCCCACAAACCCCAGUUCCCCCUUCCCCAGCACAGCCGGGGGAGGCGCCCGCGGCCGACGCGCAGUAAAAAAAUACUUUCUCCUAAGUUUUUGCGCAUUUUCCACAUCCUAUCUGGUACCAGCACUCGUGCCCCAGUGGCGUCCGUAUCCCAAUCCCAGGACUCCCGAACGCCUACUGCCGCCUCCCUUCCUCCAUCCAAGGCCCGCGCCAUGGGCCGUUCCUACGGAGGCCGGGUACUGGCCGCGAUGACCCUACUGGGCAUCCCGGCCGCGGUGCUGGUCGCGCUGGCUGCUCAGCUGCUGUUCCAGCUCCAGGCAGGGCGCGCGGAGCUGCGGGGCGUACGCACCGACGGGCUGCACCCGGAGCUGGACCCCGAUGCCGGGCUACCCGAAGCUGCGGCUGGGGCAUUGCUGCCGCUGGCGACAGCGCUGGCCGCGCUGGCACAGGUCCUCGGGCUUAGCUGCUUGCUGCUCGCAGCGCUCUGCGGUCACCUGGGCGCCGAGUUGGCACGCGGGCCGAGUCCGGGCAGGUCGGACUGGUUUCUGUAUGACUGCCGUCUCCUCAGGCACUCGGCGCUUGGCCUGUUCUGCUGUGGGGUCACCGUCUACUUAGCAGCACUGGCCAUUUAUGUCCUGCUGCUGUUUGAGAUCGAGGCGGGCGCAGCUGCUGCAUCCAUCCUGGGUUCAGGUGCCCUCAUCCUGGUGGCGAUAAUGACGCACAUCCUGUUCCGGGCUGUUCAGGCCACUCGUCGGGGUCUCCGGGAGCUGUCCUCACCGUUCUCUGAAGAUGAGCCGGCUCGGCCUUCAGAAGACUCCAAAGCUGGCUGCAGAACUCAGCCCCAGCAGGGUACCCAUUGCCAGACCUUCUCUAACCCCUCCCAAGAGCCUGGGGACCCCUCUGUGUCCAUGGCCACUUGGAUCACAUCCACAGUCUUGGAGAGACCCAGUGAGAGCAGCCUGCCUGCCUCUCACCUGCCCCAGACACUCUUGCCUAGCAGGGGCCACUGGGAUGGGGUCACUCAUGAGAUGCAUAGCAUGCUGGGCCACAGGCCAUUGGACAUGGGAAAGGAUGCCACGCUGGUAUGA